AUGGCAACAACAGUGGCCGCUGGCACUCAUGGCAACAACAGUGGCCGCUGGCCCUCACGGCAACAACAGUGGCCGCUGGCCCUCACGGCAACAACAGUGGCCGCUGGCCCUCAUGGCAACAACAGUGGCCGCUGGCCCUCAUGGCAACAACAGUGGCCGCUGGCCCUCAUGGCAACAACAGUGGCCGCUGGCCCUCAUGGCAACAACAGUGGCCGCUGGCCCUCGUGGCAACAACAGUGGCCGCUGGCCCUCAUGGCAACAACAGUGGCCGCUGGCCCUCAUGGCAACAACAGUGGCCGCUGGCCCUCAUGGCAACAACAGUGGCCGCUGGCCCUCAUGGCAACAACAGUGGCCGCUGGCUCUCAUGGCAACAACAGUGGCCGCUGGCCCUCAUGGCAACAACAGUGGCCGCUGGCCCUCAUGGCAACAACAGUGGCCGCUGGCCCUCAUGGCAACAACAGUGGCCGCUGGCCCUCAUGGCAACAACAGUGGCCGCUGGCCCUCAUGGCAACAACAGUGGCCGCUGGCCCUCAUGGCAACAACAGUGGCCGCUGGCCCUCAUGGCAACAACAGUGGCCGCUGGCCCUCAUGGCAACAACAGUGGCCGCUGGCCCUCAUGGCAACAACAGUGGCCGCUGGCCCUCAUGGCAACAACAGUGGCCGCUGGCCCUCAUGGCAACAACAGUGGCCGCUGGCCCUCAUGGCAACAACAGUGGCCGCUGGCCCUCAUGGCAACAACAGUGGCCGCUGGCCCUCAUGGCAACAACAGUGGCCGCUGGCCCUCAUGGCAACAACAGUGGCCGCUGGCCCUCAUGGCAACAACAGUGGCCGCUGGCCCUCAUGGCAACAACAGUGGCCGCUGGCCCUCAUGGCAACAACAGUGGCCGCUGGCCCUCAUGGCAACAACAGUGGCCGCUGGCCCUCAUGGCAACAACAGUGGCCGCUGGCCCUCAUGGCAACAACAGUGGCCGCUGGCCCUCAUGGCAACAACAGUGGCCGCUGGCCCUCAUGGCAACAACAGUGGCCGCUGGCCCUCAUGGCAACAACAGUGGCCGCUGGCCCUCAUGGCAACAACAGUGGCCGCUGGCCCUCAUGGCAACAACAGUGGCCGCUGGCCCUCAUGGCAACAACAGUGGCCGCUGGCCCUCAUGGCAACAACAGUGGCCGCUGGCCCUCAUGGCAACAACAGUGGCCGCUGGCCCUCAUGGCAACAACAGUGGCCGCUGGCCCUCAUGGCAACAACAGUGGCCGCUGGCCCUCAUGGCAACAACAGUGGCCGCUGGCCCUCAUGGCAACAACAGUGGCCGCUGGCCCUCAUGGCAACAACAGUGGCCGCUGGCCCUCAUGGCAACCGCCUGGUGGUUCUGUGGCCCGGCUGGUUCUACGGGAGGGAGCGCUGUGCUCAACUUGUUGCCUGUGCUCACCUGGUUCGCCUCGAAGGCGCACUCAAAGAAGGCGGAGCGGUCCCCACUGGCCCUCAUGGCAACCACGGUGCCUAGUCAGUCAACUCCAAAGGAGGGCCAUCCGCACCCAUUCGCACCCAUCCGCACCUGGUUCGCCUCGAAGGCACACUCAAAGAAGGCAGAGCGGCCGCCGCUGGCCCUCAUGGCCACUGCCUGGUGGUUUGACAGUCAACUCAAAGGCGAGGGGAAGAAGAGGCGGAGGGAGAGAGGGAAGGAGCGCCGUGCUCACCUGGUUCGCCUCGAAGGCACACUCAAAGAAGGCGGAGCGGUCCCCACUGGCCCUCAUGGCCACCGCCUGGUGAUGCCCAGCGCACAGAACCGCUCCUUGUUUGCUCCUGCCGGUGCACAGUCACAGGGGAACACGUCAUAA